UGUCGUCGUUCGACUAUUCAACUGUUACUUUGCUGCGGUUUAAAUGGAGGAGAAGAACAAUAAUGCCCAUUGUCCAGGUACUUAAGUGAAGAAUAUCAUGAUAAUCUAAUCCCUGUCUUAUUUUGAGAGUUUUCGUUCCAAAGAAAGAGAUUAUGGAUCCUAUGGAAAAUAAUAGAAAUGUCGAGGAGGCUCUUCCAAUUCUUGGAAGCCCAAGAAAUGGUUCUGGUUACGAAUCAUUUCAAGUUCAACCAGACACACCUUCAGAUUAUUCCCGUCAAAUAGAGUUUCAAGAUCCACAGAAACACGACCAGAUUCAUGUAGAUGUAAACCAAGUAUACAAUGAAUCUGAUUCCAGUGAAAGUGUUUCAGAUAUUGACGAAGAAUAUCUUGAAAAAUCGCUUCCAAGUUCACAGCUAAGAAGAGUAAAAUCAAUCGCUAGGCCAGGAACUCUUCGGUUGAGAAAUGCAAAUGCACUUAACCUUUCAGACAAUUUUGAAAGUCGAAGAUUUGAUGUACACGAAGAAGCAAAUUUAGUAACUCAGUUCGAGGGGCUAGAUUCUUUAGCGACAACUAGAUUUAAAGAAUCCACUCUCCCACUCCAUGCAAAAAAAUCUGUCAGGAGAACUGUUAAAGCAAGCAGAGCAAAGAGUAUUGGGAGAUGGAAGGAGACAAAACUAAGCAUGUCCUCGAGAUGGGAUCAUUUUAAAAGUAAAGUGGUCGAUUUCUUCAAAAAUAUUGACAUAUGGAAAUCAAAUUUGAAACCUGUUGAAGGAAAAUUUGGUUCAGGUGUAUUAUCAUACUUCGAGUUUCUUCGAUGGCUUUUCCUCUUGGAUGUUGUCAUCUCAAUUUUAGUGCUAGGAUUCGUGGUGACACCCCAGCUGUUAUAUUCACCCAGUUCUAAGAACAAUACAGUGUCAUUUUCAGGCAAAGAGUUUCUCUCUGGUGAGGGUUGGUUCGCGAAUACUGAGAUGUAUUAUGGUGUGUAUCACAACGCAACAAUCAGUUUAGUCAGUGGGACAUAUUACAACUUGCCCUUGGCAUACCUCUGCGUUGCAGGUGGCUAUAUCCUGCUCUGUCUAAUUAUUCUAGUGAGAAGUAUGGGUAUUUCAUACAGAAGAAUUUACAUAGCUGGACAGGACACAAGAAAUUCAUUCUUUACGAAAGUGUUCUGUUCGUGGGACUACGCGCUCACGCAGAAAAACAGCGCAGUUUUGGAGAGUAAAAAUAUUUACAACGAUUUUAUUGAGUCUUUAAGCGAAAAUCAAAAACGGAAAGAAAGGGGUUCGAAGGAGUUGUGUCAGUUAAUUUUCCUGCGACUUGUCACCAACUUGCUGUCAUUUGCAAUGAUUGCCUGUGCGUGUUAUCUGAUAUUCUACGUCUCGAACGAAGCUACCAAAAAUCUGCAGACUGAUGAGCUUACCAAAAGCAUGCUGCCGGCGAUUUCAAUGUCUGCCCUGAAUCUCUUUCUGCCUUUUGCGUUUCGAAUCAUCGCAAGUUUGGAGCAAUAUCAGCUUCCAAAAGAGACUAUCGCAGUAUCGCUCUUCAGAACGAUUCUUCUAAAACUGGCGACUAUCUGUGUUUAUGUUGUCGUCCUUUACACUGAAGUCAAAUGCCUGACAGAUGCUGCAGAUAAAAAUUGCGAUAAGGUUACUUGCUGGGAAACAUGGGUGGGACAACAAAUCUACAAGCUGGUUGUCAUCGAUUUUCUAUUUUUGCUGUUUUCCACUAUUUUUGGUGAAUACAUUAGACGAAUCAUUGCUGAAUAUGUCCCUUUCUGUGAUGGAAAGCUCGACCGUCCAGGCUUCGACAUUUCAAGGAAUGUCUUGGAUCUGAUCUAUGCUCAGGGGCUAUGCUGGGUUGGUGCCUUCUUCUCACCAAUGUUGCCAUUAAUUACUGUUAUCAAACUGUUUAUUCUGUUCUAUUUCAAAAAGGACAGUGUAAUGCGGAACUGCCGACCAUCGAUGCGCCCAUUCAAGGCAUCUAAAAUGAAAUUGUUGCUGCUUUUUCUAUUGAGUCUGAUGCUGGUAAUGGCAUGCAUUGUCAUUGGCUACAUCAUCAUUAACGAAGGAAGUCUAAAGCCUUCCGAUACCUGUGGACCUUUUAGGGGAAAAGGAAGCAUUUACCAGCUCGUAAAGGAUGUUAUUGAUAACGAUCUUUCAACACCUUUGAGGAAUACUGUAAAUGUAAUUGCAUCGGCGACGGUGCUAGCUGUCCUGUUUUUUGUUUUGGGGCUCAUGGCCUAUUAUUUCAGACUCCGUAAAUCGUCAGCAGAGAAAAAAAUCAAAUUGCUAAAGGAGCAAAUAUCGCUGGCUGGACAAGAUAAAUUGUAUCUUUUGAGAGAAAUUCGAAAGAUUUUGAAAACACAGGGGCGGGCAACAGAUCAAGCACAAACCUGAAUAUUUUUAUGUACAUUUAUUGUUUCUUGUUAAAAAUGAUAUUCGUGGCAGGGUCCUCUCGUAACCGAAUCAUGUUUUAGUGACGACCGCGUAUCCAAUUUUGUUUUAUCCUUAUCUCUCCUCCAGCUUUACAAAACAUUAGAACUGGUUAUUUUUUAGCAAGUAAAUAUAUAUUCAAUAUUAAACAUGACUAAUUUUUCUACAUCCACUAAAAACCUGAGGAAAUUAAUGUAGAGGUCCUUGCCGCGGGUUUUGUAAUGUUACUUGAUAUUUCGUAUUUAACGAGAGAUAAUUGAUACAAUCUUAUUUUGCUAUAGCGCAGUUUGGUCUCAAUAUAAGUUUUUGCCAUGCAGUUUAAUGCCUUUGUCACAAGCAAUGCUUUGGGUCCUUUCAUUUGUAACUGGAAUCAAUUAUUCUUGAAGUAUGGAGCAUUACAUAACAUACACUACCGCGUGCGAGUAGAACAUGUUCCUAUAAUAUUACAGGCUUACCUUUGAAGUCGUGAUAUAACUAUAUCCCUUUUAGUCUUGGGAAUUAAUGUGGUUAGUAUUAACGUGGGCCUUAAAGUUUUCUUUGUCAAAGAUCUGCUAUAGUUCUAUGCAUCUCAUAGUCAGUGAACCAGUGCUAUUGUUAAAGAGUUGCAAGUGUUAAACCAACAUAAUUUGACACAGAAAAGCUGACACAUAUCGAAUACCCUUACGGUUCGUCAGAUAUCCCUCAUGAUAUCAAUGAAUCUGUUUUAACGAGUUCAGACUGUGCUGCUCCUUAACAGUUGUACAAAAUGUAUCACGAUUAACAUAUGCGUGUGUAGUUUCCAUAAAAGCUUUUUCAUAAUUCGAUACAUUCAUGUCAUACAUUUUAUUUUUAUCUUUGAUAUUCCAAGAGAUCGCCGUGUCUUUACUAACCAAAACUAACAUUGGCUUAUUAUUUUCGUACCAAAACUAACAUUGGCUUAUCAGGAUUUUGGGGAUUUUAGUUCCCUUCUCUCCCUUUUAAGACGCGAGCAGGCUCAUUUCAAUUGGUUGGUAAUAAAAAAUUUCCUUAUUUUCAUUACGAGAUUUGUUUUCUUUUCCAAAAUAGUCCUUUUUAUGUUACAAUAUUUUUCAAGAAAUUGAGAGUUGAGACAGACCGAGCGUAGAUCAUCGAACUGAAGUAAAAAUUGAAUCCUAGCUUUCUACGCUUGUAUUUGGUAAAUAAUGGAAACCAAACGUUGCUUUUUGGGAAAAUAUUAUCGCUUCGUUGUCUUAUUUCCCUAUUGCGAUUGAAUAUCUAUUUUCUUUUAGGAAAGUUACGAUUUAGUACUAAAUUAUAUGAAAAUAACAGAAAUAUUAACUGUGUAUAAUAACAUAUAAAUUAAUACGAUUAUUUCUUUAGGGGGCCUAAUUCAAUUUUUUGUUUUGCAUUUUUUCGAAGUUUAACAAUGUAAAGUUCUCUGCUUUUUUUCAUUUCUUUAUUUAUAAAAAGCUGAUUAUAAGCCGUUAUUUUCUAUUCAACUGCUCUUAACGAUUUUGUAAAUGUUGACGAAAAUCUUCCAAGAAAUGUGUCGUUCAUUUUUGUCUCUAAACUGCAAGAUGCGUACAGUCAAGAGUGAAUACGUCUUCUUUUGAAGUGAAAAUUCUCAACUUGCAACUGAAGAAUCUAAUA